AUGGCAACUUCAAGUUCAACUUCAACUACUAACCCUAAGGUUUUCUUUGACAUUACAAUCGGCGGCAAACCUGCCGGCCGUAUUGUAAUGGAAUUAUAUUCCGACGUUACUCCCCGUACGGCCGAAAACUUCCGUGCUCUGUGUACGGGAGAAAAGGGAAUUGGCCAAAGUGGGAAGCCUCUUCACUAUAAGGGUUGUUCGUUCCACCGUGUGAUCCCUCGUUUCGUUUGUCAGGGCGGAGAUAUUAACGGCACUGGUGGUGAGUCGAUUUACGGUGGCAAGUUCGCCGACGAGAAUUUGGUGAAGAAACACACCGGACCUGGCGUUGUUUCCAUGGUUAAUUCUGGUCCGGACACUAACGGAUCUCAGUUUUUCAUUUGUUUUACUAAGACUGAGUGGCUUGAUGAUCAACGUUAUGUUGUGUUUGGAAAUGUUGUUGAGGGUUUUGAAGUUUUGGUUUUAAUUGAGGAAGUUGGUUCUAGAAGUGGCAAGACUUCUAGCUCAGUUGUAAUAGCUGAUUGUGGUCAGAUUUAA